CGUAGAGCAUCAACAUCAGAAGAGAGACGGGGGAUCUUACGGAAGACCAAGGCUGCUUGGUCGUUAAACGGUUGUUAUCAAUCAUUUUGAAGUUAACGGAUAAAUAGGAUUUAAACAUGACUUUAAGAGGGCCACUGUGUCGUCUUCUACGGACGCAACUCAACAAUACCUGUCAGAGCAGAGCGCAUUCUGUGGCUGUUUUAGGAGCCCCAUUCUCAAAAGGACAGAAAAGGGGAGGGGUGGAAAAUGGACCCAAAGCCAUCAGAGAUGCUGGUCUGAUCGAGAGACUUUCACAUCUGGAUUACCCAGUGCAUGACUUCGGAGAACUGAGCUUCCAGUAUCUGGAGAAGGACGAGCCUUACAUGCACGUCCCCUUUCCUCGUACCGUGGGCAGAGCUAACAAACUGCUGUCAGGGGCCGUCAGCAAUGCUGUGGGAGCCGGACACACUACCAUCAUGCUGGGAGGAGACCACAGCCUGGCCAUUGGUUCAGUGGAAGGCCACGCUAAGCAGCGUCCUGACCUGUGUCUGAUCUGGGUCGACGCCCACGCUGACAUAAACACGCCCUUCACCUCUCCCUCAGGCAACCUCCACGGACAGUCGGUAGCCUUCAUGCUCAAAGAGCUGCAGAACAAGAUGCCAGAGCUCCCAGGCUUCUCCUGGGUGAAGCCCUUCCUGUCGGCUAAAGACCUGGUCUACAUUGGCCUGAGAGACGUAGACCCGGGAGAGUACGACAUCCUGAAGGACUUGGGUGUCCAGUACUUCACAAUGAGAGACAUCGACAGACUCGGCAUCCAGAGAGUCAUGGAAGUCACUUUCGACCACCUCUUGUCAAGGAAGCAGCGGCCGAUCCAUCUGAGUUUUGACAUUGACGCGAUGGACCCGUCUUUGGCCCCGGCCACAGGAACACCAGUAAACGGAGGACUGACCUACAGAGAAGGAAUCUGGAUCACAGAGGAGAUUCACAACACAGGGUUGUUGUCAGUGAUGGACCUUGUUGAGGUCAACCCAGACCUGGGCGCGAGUCGUGAGGCGGUGGAGAGCACCGCUUCCAUGGCGGUGGACGUCAUCGUAUCCGCCCUAGGGCAGACCCGUGAGGGAGGUCCCAUCACUCAGGAGUCGCAAACGCUCAAAGAGGAUACGGAACAGCUCCGGCUCUAGAACACACAGCUUCUAGAACACACAGCUUCUAGAACACACAGCUUCUAGAACACACAGCUUCUAGAAGACUAAGAACUUUCAACAUGUGACCACUUGGCAUUCCUGAAUUCUAAAAGACAUUUACAUACACACUCUGAUGCAGUAGUUGGAAAGUCUUCUGUGUGUAUGGUGCUGAAUGGCAACCUGUUCAACAGACAGUCAAACUUCAAGCAUGACUGAACUUAUAAUAACCAAUAAGCCCCAAAUAAAGGCUUUAUACGCCUUGUUUUACUAAGAUGACUUUAAAAACUUAGCCUGGGCCCAGAUCUUUGCUAUCAUAUCAUCUGUUUGGCAGGACAAGGAAUCGCACAAAAUAGUCACACAAACAGACUGGUACCCAGGCUAUGGAAAGCUCUCAUCUAAAAUGUCAACUGUAAUUGAUGUGAUCAGCUGGUCUCCCUGGCCUUUUUAAAGACAGCCUGCAAAGCUCCACUAGGGAAAUUUUGACUGUGAUCAGUAGUAUGCCAUAGACAUAGUGAUCAGCAGUGUGCCAUAGACAUAGUGAUCAGCAGUAUGCCAUAGACAUAGUGAUCAGUAGUAUGCCAUAGACAUAGUGAUCAGUAGUAUGCCAUAGACAUAGUGAUCAGCAGUAUGCCAUAGACAUAGUGAUCAGCAGUAUGCCAUAGACAUAGUGAUCAGCAGUAUGCCAUAGACAUAGUGAUCAGUAGUAUGCCAUAGACAUAGUGAUCAGCAGUAUGCCAUAGACAUAGUGAUCAGUAGUAUGCCAUAGACAUAGUGAUCAGUAGUAUGCCAUAGACAUAGUGAUCAGUAGUAUGCCAUAGACAUAGUGAUCAGCAGUAUGCCAUAGACAUAGUGAUCAGCAGUAUGCCAUAGACAUAGUGAUCAGCAGUAUGCCAUAGACAUAGUGAUCAGUAGUAUGCCAUAGACAUAGUGAUCAGUAGUAUGCCAUAGACAUAGUGAUCAGCAGUAUGCCAUAGACAUAGUGAUCAGCAGUAUGCCAUAGACAUAGUGAUCAGCAGUAUGCCAUAGACAUAGUGAUCAGCAGUAUGCCAUAGACAUAGUGAUCAGCAGUAUGCCAUAGACAUAGUGAUCAGCAGUAUGCCAUAGACAUAGUGAUCAGUAGUAUGCCAUAGACAUAGUGAUCAGUAGUAUGCCAUAGACAUAGUGAUCAGCAGUGUGCCAUAGACAUAGUGAUCAGCAGUAUGCCAUAGACAUAGUGAUCAGUAGUAUGCCAUAGACAUAGUGAUCAGUAGUAUGCCAUAGACAUAGUGAUCAGCAGUAUGCCAUAGACAUAGUGAUCAGCAGUAUGCCAUAGACAUAGUGAUCAGCAGUAUGCCAUAGACAUAGUGAUCAGCAGUAUGCCAUAGACAUAGUGAUCAGCAGUAUGUCAUAGACAUAGUGAUCAGCAGUAUGCCAUAGACAUAGUGAUCAGUAGUAUGCCAUAGACAUAGUGAUCAGCAGUGUGCCAUAGACAUAGUGAUCAGCAGUGUGCCAUAGACAUAGUGAUCAGCAGUAUGCCAUAGACAUAGUGAUCAGCAGUAUGCCAUAGACAUAGUGAUCAGCAGUAUGCCAUAGACAUAGUGAUCAGCAGUAUGCCAUAGACAUAGUGAUCAGCAGUGUGCCAUAGACAUAGUGAUCAGCAGUAUGCCAUAGACAUAGUGAUCAGCAGUAUGCCAUAGACAUAGUGAUCAGCAGUAUGUCAUAGACAUAGUGAUCAGCAGUAUGCCAUAGACAUAGUGAUCAGUAGUAUGCCAUAGACAUAGUGAUCAGCAGUAUGCCAUAGACAUAGUGAUCAGUAGUAUGCCAUAGACAUAGUGAUCAGCAGUAUGCCAUAGACAUAGUGAUCAGCAGUAUGCCAUAGACAUAGUGAUCAGCAG